AUGCAGCAUGACGAACAUCAUCGAGCGCUCCUAGACGCGCAAGACGAUGGUGCCUCGUCGUCGUCUUCGUCAGAGCGUGCAACGAUACCAGUGACAGCAGCAACCACCGUCGACUAUGAUAAAAGCGACGACCCUACGAAUACUGCUACAGCUACCACUACUACAACUACUACAACUACAACCCAACCCACCACGGGGAAUGAGGAACAACAACGACUCUUGGAUAACGACAAUGACCCUGAACGUGACCAUGACCACAGGUCGUCUUGGGAAAUGGAGGUGCAGGAACCCAAUCAGCCAGUCUAUCUCAGUAAAUGGGAAAACCCAAUGUGGCGAUAUCCUGUGGUGGCUGCUUUUUUCGUCAUGUUUUUCUUGUUAUUCAAAAUGAUCAUGCUCAUUGCCGUACAGCGCCAUACCCAACAUCGUCGACCGGAUCGUAUCUUUUACAACGGCACAGAGUACUUUGGUCCAACAUUGAUCAUGAUCUCCUUGGAUGGCUUUCGUCCCGAUUACUUGGAUCGCAACAUGACGCCCAACAUGGUCAACUUUGCUGCUACCGGUAUGCGAGCUGAGUAUAUGCAUCCAUCGUUCCCUUCCAUCACAGCACCAAAUCAUUGGACGUUGGCAACUGGCUUAUAUCCCGAGUCCCAUGGCAUUGUCGCCAAUGAAUUUUAUGAUCCAGACAUGAACAAGGUCUUUUUUCUUUCAAAUGAUACCAUCACUCAUGAUCAUCGUUGGUGGCAUGGUGAGCCUAUCUGGCAUACGGCUCAACGGCAGGAAAAACGCUCUGGUGUCAUCAUGUGGCCUGGUUCCAAUGUCAAAGAACUUGCAGCGGAUUACGUCGUCCCAUUCAAUGAUUCAAUAUCUGCCCAUGCAAAGAUGGAUACGGUUUUACAAUGGAUCGAUUUACCUGUGGAAGAGCGUCCUCAUCUUGUUUCAGUCUAUAUUCAACAAACCGAUGAAGAAGGUCAUCGCUCUGGUCCGGAUAGUCCCAGAUUGAAUGAAGUUCUCAAGACCACAGAUGAAGCGAUUGGCUAUCUCUUGGAAGAAUUAAAUGCGCGUCGGAUCUUGGAUCGUAUUCAUAUUGUCAUUGUGAGCGAUCAUGGUAUGGCAGAAACCCAUCGAUCCCGAGUGAUUUAUUACGACGACAUUUUAUCAAAGACAUCCAUGAGCUGGUUACGUGAACGUGAGGCAGGACCUCUUCUCGGCUUACGACCCAAAGAAAAUGCACCCAAACACGCGGUUGAGCAGAUAUACCAGGAGCUGCACAAUUACACUCAGCACCAUCCCAACGAUGCCCAUUUCCAAGUCUAUCUUCGGGAACACGUGCCCAACCGUUUCCAUUACAAUGAUAACAAUCGCAUCCCACCUAUCGUUGCUAUUCCCGAUGUCGGUUAUGCCAUGGUCAGUCACGAGGAAUGGAAUCCCAAAGAUGAUAAAGAGCCAUUUACGCCACGUGGAAUUCAUGGUUAUGAUAAUCUGGAGGAUGACAUGCAAUCGAUCUUUCUCGCUCAUGGUCCAACCAUCGAUCUCGAAUAUGGCCGUCAAUCCAUCCUUGCCCCCUUUUUCAACACUGAAGUCUAUUCAUUCCUUUGCCAUCUCCUCAACAUUGAUCCCGCCCCCAAUAAUGGUACCCUGGAAGGCCGUUUCCUUCGAAUCCGAUAA